ACUUUGCAGAUCAUCUUGAUCUUAACACAACUUAGGCCUAUAUUUAGGCCAAGGUGUGCGGAAUUUUGGAUUGUGGCUGCCCUGAAUGAAGGUGAAUUAGGCUAGUCUCCAACCUCUAAAUUGAAAACCAAGUGUUUAAAUAUGGCAUCAGCAGGAUCCAAGAAGAGAGGAAAGGCUUCUGAAGACCACUGGAAGCUGAGUGAUUUUGAAAUUGGGAGACCAUUGGGCAGUGGAAAGUUUGGGAGAGUUUAUCUGGCUCGAACACGGGAAAGGGAGUACUUGGUUGCCCUUAAAGUACUCUUCAAGCAACAACUUAUCAAGUACAAGAUGGAGCAUCAGUUGGUAAGAGAGAUUGAAAUCAGCAUCAAUGUUGGCAGGCACCCACAUAUUGUGGAGUUCUACAACUAUUUUCAUGACAAUGAUAAGAUCUACCUCAUGCUUGAGUACUGUUUCUAUGGGGAGCUAUAUCGGGUCCUGCAGGAGAGCCCAGGAGGACGUUUCCCUGAGAAUAGGCGAGAAACUAUGUGUGGGACCCUUGACUACCUGGCCCCAGAAAUAGUGGCAAAUGAAAGGUAUGGUUAUGACGUGGACAAUUGGUGUGUUGGAGUACUUUGUUACGAGAUGAUCAACGGAUCUCCCCCAUUUGAGCAUGACUCCCAGAAGGAAACAAAGCGCCGCAUCACUGCCCUCAGUUACGUGUUCAGUCAUCGAUUCUCCGAUGGUGCCAGGGAACUGAUCUCCAAGGUGAAAAUUUACUUAUUAUUUGAGUUGUAUCAAUACAAAAAUUUGGCUGAUUAUACCAAUUCCCAUUCUGUUCUUGAA